AUGAAGCUACUGCUGGUGGUGGUGGCUGCGUGCGUGGCCGCGGCAGCCGGCAACCCGACGUCCGAGGCAACCAAGCCCGUCGUCUGGACUGGCGGCGAGUUCAACUGGCCGUGCUCCUCGACCAAGAAGAUCUUCCAGCAGACGGGCCGCUACAUCUCCAAGAACGUGAUCGCGACGCGCACAGCCAUCUACAAGGACGACGCCAUCCUGGCGCUGCCGCGCUUCAAGCAGGGCAUCCCAGUCACGCUGGCCCGCGUCUCGCUCAAGAGCCGCGGCAGCCAGGCCGUGCUGGACCCCUUCCCCUGCUGGAGCCUCCAGGAAGAGGGCAACUGCAAGGCCCUCCAGUCCGUCGUCGACCUGUUCCUCGACGCGCAGGACAUUCUCUGGGUGCUCGACGUCGGCAUCGUCAACACGCUGGAGACUCCGGUGCGCCGCUGCCCGCCCAAGAUCGUCGCCAUCAACGUGAAGACCGGCAAGGUGGUGAAGGUGAUCGACCUGUCGGGGCUGGUGUGCUCGGCCAGCCGGCUGCAGUACCUCGUGGUGGACUACUCCGCCGACGGCCGCUGCUUCGUGUACGUCAGCGACGCUGCCACGCGCGCCAUCCUGGUCUACGACGUGACCGGCAGUCGCGGCUACCGCGUGGUGCUCCCCAAGGCCGUGAGCCACGGCUGCGCGCGCCGUGACGUGCUGUACCUGGCCCUGGUGCGCAAACCCUGCGGCACCACCAUCCUCUUCUUCACCUACCUGUCCUCCAGCCGGCUGUUCGCCAUCAAGACCGAGUACCUGCGCCGCGGGUCCGCCUCCGGGCGCGUCCAGGACGUCGGUGUCAAGCCGGGCAAGCUGGUCAUCCUGGGAACGGACAACGGACGCGCCAUCUUCUUCCGCUUCGAGGCGCAGAGCGAGAUCUACAGGUGGGACUCGGAUACGGCGUUCAAGCGCGAGAACCUGGUGCUGGUGUACCGGUCGGGCACCUGCGAGCUGGCCACGCACGUCGCCGCCGACUACAAGCGCGGGCGCAUGCGCGUUCUGGAGAGCAACUUCCCGGACUACGUGCAGGGCACCGUCGGCUGCGGGCCCAACCACGCCCUCUCCCUCAUGCAGGGCUGCCACUAA